GGCACACACUGGAUGAAUCAACAUUGUUUCCACAAUAUUUCAACAAAAUUGCGUUGAACCAAUGUGGAAUAGACAUUGAAUUGACGUAUGUGCCCAGUGAGUAGUGUAUGGUGAGAAACUUGUUGUGCAGAGACACUCCGACAGAGAGAGAAGCAAAGGAGAGAGUGAGGGAGAGGACAAUGGUUAAAAUGGCUGUUUUGGGACUGCUUGGGUCCCUUUUAUAUCUGCUAACAGGUGUCAGUGGAGAAACUCUCUCUAUGUUCUCCAUAGUGGGAGAUGAUGUCAGUCUGCCGUGUAACAAUGUGGUUAAUCCAGACUGCUCCUCAACUAUAUGGACCUAUAACAGAGAUGCAUCUACUGGUACUAUUGAAGAAGUUGCAUAUGGGAAGAUCAAAGUAGAGAUGAUAGAGAGAGCAGACAGACUGAGUUUGGGGUCUGACUGUUCUCUACAUGUUAGUGAUGUCAGAGCUGAGGAUGCUGGACUCUACACUUGUCGACAGUUCCUUACAGAGACUGGACCACCACAAGGAGAGGAUGCUCAUGUUCUUCUGUCUAUUCUAACUAUCUCCUCUACCCCACCAGUGACAGAUCUGAAGCCUAUGACGUUACGGUGUUCUCUGCUCACCUAUGAGGGACAUGAAAGGUACAACUCAGGAGUUAGUCUCAGCUUGGUGCCUGAAACAGGUACUAAUACCCAGGUCACACAAUAUUCUCCCUGUGACAUCACUCUGACUGUGACACUCCAGAGGGAGGACAACAACAGGAAGUGGACGUGCACGCUGACUGAAAAGGGAAACGUGAAGAUCUCCAUUGACUUCACCUCCACAUUCUCAGGUACCAGUAAUGUUGUUAAAUUGCCCAUCAGUCGCAUCAUGCUCUUUGUGACACUGACCAUCAUGGCUGCCAUAGUCACUAUUCACACAAGGAGGAACCGCCCACCCAAGGCUCUGCCCCAACAAGCAGAAGAAGCCUCUGGUAUUGAGGUUCAUGUCCUGGAGGAAUGACCACUUGUUCCUCACUCUUCUCCCUGUGCUGGACUAAGACUUUCAAACUGUCUGUAGCUUUAUUGAAUCAGUAACAGAGGACAUUAUAAAUGUUUUUAAAGUUGAUGUUUAUAUAUUUUAGUGCAUAGUGUGGAAGAUGUAUUAAUUCGUAGUUGUGUUCUUAUAUUAUAGUAUAUUUUUUUUAUACACCUUUAUGUAGUAGGGAUUCAAAUAUCAGCAAACCUUGGCUGAUGUGUUUAAUUUUUUCUGUCCAUUGUUAAUGACUUCAGCAUGGAGAAAUUCCUUGGUAUUGUUUAAUUAAUCAUUUUUGUCUAAGCAGACUUAAAAUGAGCACAAUGCUUCUUCUAAAAUGUAUAUUAAUUACUAAAACUGUUUUUAAAUAAACUAAUAAAAAUACAGUAUUUCAAACUGCUACAGGUGUUUUUCAGGCUACCCUUCCACAAUGUCAGGUAAAGCAUGAAUACAUUGACCUUAUUUCAUU